UCCCGCGGCUGCUUCCGUCUUUUGCGGCCGCGCGACCUUUGCCAUUUGACCUCCUUUUCGCCUUAGCGACGACCUCGCCCCUUCGUCGGGCGUUGCCGGGAUGGCGCGGCUAGGCUGCCGCUUCGUUUUGCGUUUCGGUCUCGCCAGCCUUCCCGUGCCGGCCGCCUCCGUGUACCGGACCUUGCGGCUGCCCGAGCCUCUGCCCUGGCCGGCGCUGAGACCACCAGUGCGCCAAUUCUCUGCAAAGGCAAACUCCAAAACUGUUAUUUCUGCCCUGGUCUCAAAAGCCAAAUACAUAAAUGAGAAGUAUGAAAGAUUUUUGGAAAGGACAUUCCCACGUUUCUAUGUGCUCUAUUCAACUUUUCUCAAAGGGAUCCGGGUAUUCUAUACAGAGGUAAAAGACAUAAGAAGAAUAAAGGCCAACAUGGCACACAAAAACAUCCAGUUUUAUCAGCUUCCAUACAGGGAGAUGGAGAGACUAAGGCAGUUUCGCAGAGAUCUGAUCAAGGCCAUUCCUAUUGGGAUUCUCGCAAUUCCACCCUUUGCUAACUACCUGGUUCUUUUGCUCAUGUAUCUGUUCCCAAGACAACUCUUGGUACGCCAUUUUUGGACUCCCAAACAACAACUUGAGUUUCUGGAUGCGUAUCACAGUACAAGGAAGGAGGCAUAUGCCGAAGUGGUUGAUGACCUAAUGCACCUGUCUCAUUCCCUAGCUGAUCCACAGCUUCGAAAACGAAUGCUACAUCUCUGCAGAAAGGUGCAGGAAGGAUCCCACCCAGAUGUAAUAGAACUUAAAGCCGUGAGGACAUUAUUUGACGGGCAUCCCUUUAGCAUCCAAAAGCUCAGUGUUCAACAAGUGAAAGUUCUAAGUCGCAUUCUGUUCCUGACACCUCGCUUGCCACCUUUCAUCCUAAGAUACCGCCUGCGGACUCACCUGUUAGAACUGUCCCACCUGGACCGAGCCAUGCUGAAACUGGGAGUGAGAGAGCUGUCGGAUGAGGAAGCGCAAGUGGCUUGUUAUACCCGGGGCUUGAAUUCUGUCCGUUUCAGCCCAUUACAGUGCAGGCUGUGGCUAGACCAGUGGCUGGAACUAUCUUGCUCACUGAAAGAAACUGAAGCAUCACUCUUGGCCCAUGGCAUGGUCUUACUUUCCACCAACUACCUCUCUUCCUCCAAGGGCUGACCAAUGUGCAGUUCCCUCCUGGACCACUUCUGAAGAAAUGCUGUGACAGUGACUCUUGGGCUACAGCAGGCGGAAAAAUGGAACGGAGGUUUUGCUUGCCCCAGAGAGGAUGGCAGGAGUCCAGCAGGAGAGGUCAUUCCUCCUCUAGAGGCUAAUAAUCCUGUUCAAAGCACUAAGGAUGAGUGAGAUCUUUCGCUCUGAUCUUCAGAGAAAAGAGACAACCUGCAAGCAUCAUGGAGAUGUCUCCACAAGAAAUGUAAAUUCCACAAGGCCUGCUGGCCUGGCUCAGCAGUGACAGACUAAGCUCAAAUUCCAUGCUUGUUACCACUGCUUAUCUACAGUGAGAAGGAGCUCUUGAAUGCCACCAAAAGAACCGAUUUCCUCAAACCCUGGCACUUACCUGAUUCUUUGGAGAAGAGCUUUUGUGCUGCCUCUCACCCCCUAAAAUAAGAAAAAGUUAAAUUAUGGGUGGUAGCUCAGUGAACCAUUCCCGAGUUGUUACAGUAUGCUGCAAGAGCAUAAUCAAAGCCUGGUUAUUAGUUCUUUCCUUCAGAACUAUACCGUUCUAUUUAAAAUCCUAAUAAGUGCUUAAACUGUGGCACUUCUGCUGGACAGAUGUGUUGGCUUUCAGAGACAUCAUUAGAAAAUGCAAGCUGGAGUUAUAGGGAAGCUGGGGAUUUCCAGCCUGUGAUGGCUACCUCUUUUGCAGAACAGGUUAUGAAGUGGUUCCAUCCCUUUUCUGCGCUUGUCUUAAAUGCUACCAUAAAACUUAAGGAAAAAGUAUUAUAUACUCAGCCCAAAGCAAAAAUCCCUUGGUUAAAUCAAACUUCUUUUUUAAAAAAAACCCCCAACCCUUUAAGCAGCUGGAAUUCCGGCCAAGGCCGCCUAAAUAUAAAUAUUCCCCGCCCCACCUUCUUUAGUGGUUGAACUCAAAUGCACGAUAGUGAAUGCAUUGUAUUGUGAUCUGAGAAUAUUCCAUUAAUGAUGGCUAAUAAAGAAAAUCUCA